AUGGAGUCCUGGAUGAGCCGAAUGUCUGGUGUGAUUGAGAGCUCUUUGGCUUCCCACCUCAAGCGCCCCUCAGUCCGAGCUGCCGCUCGGCACCCCACCUCGACCCGCGUGAAGCCUCCGCCGAGUGCCGUAGAGGAGGUGCACUCGGAGCAUUCCAAUCAGUCGAAGGCGUCGCAUGCCUCUGAGACCGCGGAGAAGGCCCAUCGCCAUGCCCAUGAGAAGGUCACAGUGCGUGUGAGGACUCUGGAGGAUGUUAUGAAGGGGGAUGAGUCGGGGACCAGCAGUAUGGCCUCAAUGGAUUGGGUUCGUCAGAAGGGGGAUGCGCUUUGCAUGGGAGGCUUUGACAAGAAGCCAGAGGAGUCCUGGUUGAGGUUCAUUUGGAGGAAGUUGGACAAGUUCGUGAAUGGCUGGUUCUUCGAAGCCUUCUUCGCCACGAUCAUUGUGACCAACUCCAUCUUCAUCGCAAUCCAGGUGGAGUGGGCCUCUGUCGAACCGGGUGCAGAAAUGCCUCAGUUCUUCUUCGUGAUUUCCUCCAUCUACACAUUUCUCUUCACAUCUGAACUGCUCCUACGGAUUUUGGUGCGUGGCAUACGCAUCUUCUGGGGUGAAGACUGGGGAUGGAUGUUGCUGGAUGCAGCGAUUGUCAUCAGCAGCUUGUUCGAGUUUGUCAUCGAGGUCAUCGUUUCAUCGAGCAACGACACAGAACAAGCCAACGUGUUCACCAACAUGCGCCUCCUGCGUAUCCUUCGGGUGGCCAAGAUUACUCGCGCCUUCCGCAUUGUUCGCUUGGUGCGCUUCAUUCGUUCACUACGGACCUUGCUCCUGUGUAUUGGGCGCACCUUGCGGGCUAUGGCUUGGUCUGCCGUGUUGCUUCUGCUCAUCAUGUUCCUCUUCGCGCUGAUCUUCACGGACCUCUGUGCCCACACCUCGACCCGACCGAUGACGAAACUCCGCCGAGGACCUAUGACUCGACUCGACCGACGAUGA